UCGCUGUCAGAGUUGGAUAUGCAUUCGCGAGGGUCGGGUGUACGCAUUGUUGCGCCGUUUCGUUGAUCGCUGACCCGACGACGCCAUUGUUACCAAGCCCCUUCGAGGCGGCGCUCGUUUGUUUUUUAGUUGGAAGUACAGUGACAGUUGAAUAUCGGUGCGACAGCAUCCCUUCCUCGUCGGCUAUCACCGAGGGUGCUGAUUAAUUAUUACUCGGAUUUCAGCCGGCGUUCCGCCUUGGCGAGAGCAAAAACAAAAAGAAAUAAUAUAAAAAAAACGAGAAGGUUAGAAAAAGCAAAUCACCUCCGACAGGUGACACGCGAUAAAGGGGGGGAAAAAAGUGACUCGCAAAUUCGCCCGAGAUCCGGAUACUCGCUCAGCUCGGAUAUUCAAACGCUCUCCGCGAAACGUGGUGCUGCUCUACGUUUGUCAAAAAGUAUACCCGUUACGCGUAAUCUCAAUAUAUCCACCUGUGCGCGUGUCGGUUUCUUCGCCUCCUCGCGAUCUCUCUCCCUCCGUCGUUGAGUGUUUUUCGGUUUGUUUGUUCCUUUUUAUUUCACACGUCGUCCGUCCCCCCGCGUGAAUUACCUCAACGUAACGUCGUAGAAUCCGAGCGUCGAUUCGCGUCGACCGAGUCCCGAAAUCAAGUGUUUUUGGUGCUGUGGCGGUGCAUUAUGUGAAUGUGUUCCCCUCGGAGCUGCUGUGCUUCGCUCUACACACCGGCUAUCGAACGAAAUCAAACAUGCCAAGGAUGCAGGGAUCGGCGCAUCGUGAAGGGCAUCGCAGGGCCCCGGCGCAGAAGCUGCUGCUGUCGAUGCUACUGGCUGGUCUCCUACCCCUCGCAAACGGAUUAUGCGAGUUCCCAGCCAGUUGGAGCGGCCUUUGGUUUCAGACUGGUAAACCUGAACCAGUUUUCGUGAAUUCGACAAUACUGAACAACAGGACGUGUCACGAGAAUAGAAAUGACAUGUACAUCAUUCAUGAGGCGGAGGAGAACUGCUACCGCUGCAUGAUCAUCAACGAACGUCACGAGAACGUGAUACAAUUCCGAGAGGAAUUAUGGUGCAGGUCUCUGGCACCUCUGGAGGAGAUGUGCAACUCGAUAUCGUCGGACGAGAGCCUGAUCUCGAUGUUCCGACUGGAUUCGAGGCCGAUCGCCUGCCCUUUCACGGGGGCGCCAUUCAAGUUUUCGUACAGCCGAGGACUCGGGGAGUGUACGAAUCCAGUAAGCCACGCGGAAAGUUGUACGGACGAGAGUAAACUGUUGUUGAAGUAUCAGGCGUGUCCGGAUGUCGAGAGGACGGAAAGUAGCACGGAGGAGCUGCAGUGUUUGGCGACUUGGAAGGAUGGUAGGAAUAAAUAUUUGGUUGGCACGGUGAAAAGCGUCGGACGGAGUAUUAUUGCGUCUAACGAGGAUAUGUUCAGAUGCUUCCUCUACGAAAAAACUCCGCAUCACCAAGGAAAAGUGGUUUACGACCUAGCUCAAUCCGAGGAUGCAACUUGUAACGGAUUGACGUCCGUCGCUGAAGGAGCGCGGACCAUAAAACUGACCAAAGUGGAUAAGGGGCACAAUAGAUGUACGUAUCCGUCGUGGGUGACGCAGCAUCACGAUUGGCACUCGCUGAACGGAUCAAAGACUUAUCACUUCACAGCUAGAAAUGCAACGUUGAAAGUAAGAGCGCAGGACAACAACGACGACAGUUUUCACGAGGAAAAAAUAGUCUGUCAUAACUUGCAGAAAUUAUAUCCCAAUGACAAUAUGCAAGGAUACACCGUGAAGCUGGUUGCUCACAUAUCAAGCGGAUGUGACAGCGGAUACGUUUGCAUGAUGUUUCAUAAGAGGGACGGUCAUAUAAUUGAAAUUCAGCAAUCAGAUCACAAAGCAAUCAUGCCAGAAGAAGCCUGCGAGUCUUGGGAUCCUUCGACAAUGCCUUAUACAACGCUAGUUACAUCAAUGCUUCAUCAAAGAAAAUGUCCUCACCCGGGUAGAUACACCAUAAUUGAUUAUGGGUUGUCAGAAAUGCUGCCAUCGCCAUCGCGACGACAACGUCGUUCAAUGAAACCCAUGCGAACUGCUGAAAGACGGACUUGGCAAGAUGAGGGCGAAGAAGACGAGUGUAAAAAUGGAGCCGUUGAAAUCGGCUGCAGUUCUACUAGUCAGAAUGAAAUGAGCAUUGACAACUCUUGCGAAACAGAAAAAGAUGCGUUCCUGUGUCACGGCAGUUGGGAAGAAAAUGGAACAUGGUACACUAUCGCGUCGCUUAGAAACAGUAAGCUAACGUCGGGACAAGGCCAAACAUACUGUUUCUCAAUGCAAACGAGUGACGUUCCAUCAAAAAUGACGGGACGAGGCGGCAGCAGUGGAGAUCAUCACGAACAAGAGUUUCGGCUCUCCGCACGCUCUCAUACUUGCCAAAGAAGCUUAGCCGAGCAAUGGACUUACCGUCUGACCAGUCAAGGUGUCUGUGAAGAUUUGACCAAAGCAGCAUCCAGUACAGCUUCUUCGUCAUCGUUAUCGAGAGUAUCGUUGGUGUUGUCAGCAGGCGCUGCUUUGCUAUGUACUUUGCUCUCAAGAUGAUGUGCGGUGAUCCUAAAUAAUCCUUCUUUUUACAACUAAAUAUUACGUAAUCAACUUCUGAACAGAUAAUAAUAAAUUGUAAAACAACUAAAGCGGUCCUAAGACCAACAAGCUAAUUGAACAUUGUGUUUAUCAUACAUGAUACAAGUUCGGUGUUUUGUGACACCGGAAAACCUGUCGUGGUAUAAUAAUUCACAGUCGAUCUAUUGAAGAUUAUUCGAAGUAUUAAUGUGAGGCAGUAACAUAGGCAUGGCAUCUGCUUGUCUGAAACCAGUUCCCGUAAAACAAUGUUUGCAAUUGCAAAAUUUAAAUAAAUAUUUACACACUACUUUCGUUUAAAUGAUAAAUAGAAAUUGAAUAUUUCAAAUAACCUGUAAAUCUUAUACGAAACAAAAAAAAAGAGAGAAAAUACGGCAACUAAUUUUUACUAGCCUAAAAUACGUUGGGCAUAUGAAAAACAUACUAAUAAUAAUAAAUAAAUGAAAAAUUGUUGGUGUAUAUUCGAUCGCCAAGCCGCUGUAAAUAUGAUCAGGGUAUAAGUAAUCAAUAUUUUAUCUGGUUAAUUCGCGAGUGAAAAUUGAUAUAUGAAUUUAAGGUUUAAACUAUUAAAUUAGUUACUGAUUAUAUAAAUGACAAACGAAAAAACAGUUUUUAUUCUUUAGCUAGAUAUAAUAAUUUAAUAAAAAUUGUAUAAAGACUGUUAUUAAAAAUAUUUUAAAAGAAGUAUAUGCUGCCCUCUGGUACUUGGCAACUAGAUACGUGGAUUGGUGCGCGCAGUUUCAGUGAAAUGUUUCUUUUUUCAAGAUAUUCUUGAAAAACUAAAUUUCUAACAUUGCCAACUGAGCCAAAUGGCCUUAUUGACAAUGUUGCACUUUUGACAUGUGCUGUUUAUACGAAUUUCGAGGAGUGUACUGUACUUAUAAAAUACGCUGCUUUAGAAUUUGAUCACGAAAUUAUUGAAUAUACAACUAUUGUAUCGAUAAUAUGUCUAUUCAUAUCGAUAUCGUUGCACUUUCUGUAACCUGUGACAUUAUGUUAAUUUCUAUGUCCUAAAAUCAAAUAUUCAACAUCUAACUAUUCCUCUUCGAAUUGAGACACAAUCAGUUCUUUUUUGAAACUAAUAGCUACCUAAUAAUUUCGCAUAAUGGUGAAUAUUGAAAUAUAAAUCUGCGAUCAGACGAUAUCAUCGAGCUAUAUGCUACAUACAAUUAUCAUGCGAACAAAUAAAAAGAUAGCAGAGUGCAAUUAUAUGAUAUUCAAUAAUUCUGUGGCAUUUAUUGUAUAAAUCCAAGCAGCGCAGCCAAAAAUGUUGAUGUUAAACUAAAUCUAAACUACUUUUUUAAUAUGAACUGUACAUUUUUCUAUUGAUGCUCUGGAUUCCGAAAUUCUUAGUUCAUAAUUAUCAGUCAUCAAUAAUUACAAUGCGUUGAAAUCACAAUUGAAUGUUUUAAGUGGGUGACCAACUCAAAUUUCAAUAAAUGUAGGUAUUGAAUGUAUCUGUAAAUGCCUCCCUAAAUCGGUGCCCAAGCAGUUCCGAUUGUUAAAAAAUGAAAUUUUCGUGACCUUAUCCUACGAAGUUGUAAUUUGUCAUUACCAUUGUGAUUUUUUGAAACAUGGGAUUACUCGAAAAUAUUAUGUGUAUACCUCUAUGCUUUUGUAAAAUGAACCAAUCGUCGAUUUGACGGUAUUAUAUUCCAUAAUAAUUGUGACUGUAUACAUGAAACUGAGAAUAUCGGAGGACGAGCAUAAUGUAAAAUAAUUUGUGCCCAACUGGGAUGGAUAAUUUUAAGAUAUAUAAGGUAAGAAAUUUAAAUAAAUGAAAUAAAAUGAAGCAAACAAAUAUACAUGUAUCAGGAAUCAGUGAAGAACAAAGUGUUGAAAAGUGUAUGAAGUGCCACUGAAAGACGCUCCUUGAAAACUGAUUAACUAAUUAUUAAUUGAGAAUAAACCUAAACAAAAAGUAUAUAUAAAUAUAUACAUACAUACAUAUAUAUAUAUUUUCGUUUAUCACUGUGAUGAUUACAUAAUUCUAGUAAGUAAGACGAUUUGAGUGUUGUUUUUUCUUGCCACUGUAUAGUUAUGUAUAAUAAUUCAUUUUUUGGGGCUUUUGAAAAUCGUGUGGGCUUCUGCUUGCCUACCUUAUUACUUUGGAUAUAAUUAUGUAACUAAAUGACUAUGUAUUAUAAUAUUGUACGCCUAAGAUGUAAGAAACUCUGAGGCUAACGUCUAGUUAUAAGCAGAUGCAAUAUUCAACCAGUCACUCAACUUUUUACUUACAUAUUCGUUUCGUUAUCUUGAUCAAGAUAAGACACCGACCAUUACUAAUUGGACCAUACGAUAUCAUAGAUUUAUUCUUCACAACAAUGAAUCGAUCAUUUAGCAGCUUACAAUUAGCAUUAUUCAACUUACGUGAAUGACCGAAACUAUAUUACAUCUAGUAGUUCAUGAAACGAAAGAAAAUGCGCUAUUGAGAAGUACUUUUAUAUUUAUCACGACCAAACUCGUCUAUUUUCAUAAUGUACUAAAAAAUUACGACUUUUGUUAAAUGUAUGUUACCUAGCUCAGAUCUCGCAUCUGCUUUUACUGGACGUUAGACGUUUAAUUAACUAGUUUAUUACACAGUACCACUGUAAGUGCCAGUCAAUGCUGACUGCCACAAUAUGAGCUAGCAUCAUGUGUAAUGUUUAUUAUUAUAUUUUGAAUACGAAAUAUAUAUAUAUUGAAAAAAUC